CAGGUUUUCAAAGGCAAAAUGCUCCUCUAUCUGGCUUAUCAAAGUAUUGGAGUGAUCUAUGGAGAUAUUGGCACAAGUCCUCUUUAUGUCUACUCCUCCACAUUCUCGAGCGAGCCCUCUUACCAGGACUUGGUCGGCGUCUUAUCUAUCAUCAUAUGGAGUCUCACAAUGAUGGUCACGGUCAAAUACGUUUUGGUCAUCUUACAUGCAGAUAAUGAGGGCGAAGGUGGUACUUUCAGUACUUACUCGCUACUCUCGAGAUAUGCCAAUAUUACGAAACGCGACCCUCGUGAAGCUUCAUUGAUCAAAAUGGAACGUCAUCUUACUGGUGAUCUCAAGCGUCCGAACAGAGGAAUCAGGUCGAGUAUGGAAAAGAGUACAUUUCUUCGAGGACUUCUAAAGACCAUUGGUGUUCUUGCCGUGACUAUGGUCAUGUCAGAUGGCGUCUUAACUCCUGCUCAAUCUGUUCUGGGUGCCGUCCAAGGCCUGAACGUCGUCAAGCCGGAUAUUUCAUCAGCAACAGUUGUUGGGACAACUUGUGGUAUUCUCAUCCUACUCUUCCUGAUUCAACCCUUCGGAACUGAGAAGCUCGCUGUCACCUUCGCUCCCAUCGUCAUCACCUGGCUCGGCUUCAAUGCUGGUUUCGGAAUUUACAAUCUCUCGAAAUUCGACUAUACUGUCUUGAAGGCUUUCAAUCCUGCUCACGCAUUUGAAUUUAUGAUCAGGAAUAAGACCGACGGAUGGAAAAUGCUUGGUGGCAUUCUACUCGCCUUUACCGGCGUCGAAGCCCUCUUCGCGGAUCUAGGAGCUUUCAGCCGACGAGCCAUUCAGCUGAGCUGGCUAUGCUACACUUUUCCAUGUCUUCUUCUGGCGUACAUUGGACAAGCUGCCUAUAUCAGCGAGCACCCCGGAGCAUAUUCAAACCCAUUUUUCAAUUCGGCACCCCCAGGAAUGCUCUAUCCGAGUCUGAUCGUUGCCAUUUUGGCUGCCAUCGUUGCAAGUCAGGCAAUUAUCACUGCUACGUUCCAACUCAUGGCUCAAGUCAUGAAACUUUCGUAUUUUCCUCAGAUCAAAGUUGUCCAUACGUCCAAGCAGUUCCACGGACAGCUUUAUGUUCCAAUGCUUAAUUUUAAGUCGGCCCGGCUCCGGUUUAAUCGGUUGAUAAUGAUCGCCACGGUGCUGGUUGCCGCUAUAUACAACAAUACCACUUCUCUCGGUAAUGCUUACGGAGUCUGCGUUAUGUUCGUGACUCUGUUUGACAGUUGCAUGGUCGGCCUUGCCGCCCUGAUUGUCUGGCGUAUCCCGGUUUACUUCGUCUUCUUUCCAUGGCUGACGAUAGCUCUAUUGGAUGGCCUAUAUAUGUCGUCGGCGCUUAUAAAGGUUCCUCAAGGUGCUUGGUUCACAUUGACCUUGUCUGCUGUUCUCGCUUGCCUUCUUAUCCUAUGGCGAUUCGGUAAGGAGCAGCAAUGGGCAUCCGAGGCUGAGGAUCGGUUCCCAACGACGCACUUAGUCAAGAGGGGAGAACAUGGACUGAUCAAGUUAACGGACAAGUAUGGCGGUGAUGAUCUAUCGGUCAUCAAAGGCUUCGGAAUCUACUUCGACAAGGCGGGAGAGACAACGCCAGCCGUGUUUACUCACUUUGUUAGCAAGCUCAUAGCUGCACCAGAGGUCAUGGUGUUCUUUCAUCUUCGACCUAUUGAAACACCAUCUGUUGCACCAGAAUUACGAUAUACCGUAUCCAGGGUCGCCAUUCCCAACUGCUACAGACUUGUAGUCAGACAUGGGUACAUGGACGAAGUGAUCACGCCCGAUCUCGCAUCUCUCAUCUUAGAACAAGUCCGAGACUUCAUCAUCCGCCAACGAGUCUCUAUCAGAACAAAAGGAGCCACAAAUAUUCCAAUCCAGCCUCAAGAAAUCUCCUUCGAACCCUUGGCUCGGGAUGAGAAAAGUAUCGGCGACCCAGAAUCCAAGGAACAGUCAAUCUUGACCUCCACUACGGAAGAGAGCAUUGCUAUCGAUCUAGCCAAAGUCCAGAGUGCUUACGAUCGUCAAGUUCUCUACAUUAUCGGAAAGGAACAGCUUAGAGUCAAAGCUGGGACAAAGUUGUGGCGUAAGAUCUUGCUUAGUGCUUUUCUCUGGAUUAGGGAGAAUACGCGGACCAAGGUAGCGAAUUUGAGAGUGCAAACAGAUCGUGUGGUGGAAGUGGGAUUUGUGAAGGAUGUUUGA